AUGACUGAUGAUGCAAAAUCACAGCUUUCUGAACUUGGCAACAUUCUGUCCUCUUCGCGGAACAUUACUCUGAAAUCCUUGCCCGAGAAUGAAUCCAAUAAUCUCAUAAGAAAUCUGAGCACAGUUGGCGAACGGCUUCGGCAGAUCGGCAAAUGUCGAGAAGCUAAUGCAAUCACGGAUGUUUUGGAAAUCUGUCGACAGCCUCGCGAUCUAGGUGGGCUCGGCAUAUCGGAGGAAGAGAGUUCAGCGACAGACCAGGAAUCCGAGAUUCUUUUCCUGGUAUCUGCAUGGCUAGAGGCUCUUAAUUCGGCUGAUUAUGCCAAAAGUCCACCCACCCCGCUGGCAGAUCGCCCCGCGGGUCGAAGAGGAAUGACAAUGAGCGAAAAGAUAUUCGCGAUGCAUGACAUGGCACAAAGAGGAUUCGUUGCCCCCGGAGACCUGAUACGUAUACAUGUGGACUGGGUUAUCGCCUCCGAAGCGUCCUGGGCAGGAAUGGAGAGGACAUAUAACGAUUUGGGGAAACCUGGAAUAUUUCGCAACGAUCGUUUUUGGCUCGCCGGAGACCAUGUCGUUGAUCCUCGAAUCAAUGGGCUACCAAAAGUAAAAGGCCUGAUUGAUGCCAGUGAGCGCGCGAAGCGAGUUUUCAAGAUGACGGAUUACCAGGGGAUGAACUACACCAUUUUGCACACUGAAUUCUACAGGGAACGCGCCCAGCCUGGCAUGGUGGUCAUAGGAUCUGAUUCCCAUACAUGCUCAGCAGGAGCACUGGGGUGCCUGGCUAUCGGUCUCGGAGCGGCAGAUGUAACGUUGCCACUGGUCACUGGUGAGACUUGGUUUAAGGUCCCCGAGUCCGUAAACAUCCGCCUUGUUGGAACACCAAAGCCCGGAAUCAGCGGUAAGGACGUGAUUCUCUACAUCCUACAACAGCUCAAGAGGAACACGGUUGCAUCGGAGAGAAUAGUGGAAUUUACCGGAACAGGAAUUCGACAUUUAUCAUCCGAUGCGAGGUUUGCUAUCUCGAAUAUGACAACUGAGCUUGGUGGCAUUACAGGAAUAUUUGUCCCAGAUCAAACAACACAGGAGUUUGUCCAGAAAAGGAAAUCGCCUCGACACAAGGGUCUUAAAACCUUCUUCAAUCCCGACGAAGAUGCACACUAUGCCGAGGUACAUGAGCUAGACCUUGGGAAAGUUAGAUCAUUCUUGGCCAAAUAUCCGAAGCCAGAUGAUGUGGUUCCGGUCAAUGACUAUGCUGGUAUGGAAUUACACGGCUGCUUCAUUGGGGCCUGUACCACGGUGGAAGAGGACCUAAUUCUAGGCGCGCUGGUUCUUGAGCAAGGCAUGAAAACAGGCCAAAAGCCAGUUAACUACGGCAAACGAAAAGUUGUGCCAGGAUCGAUGCCGAUUCUACGUCGCUUGCGACAAUUGGGUCUCACAGACAUAUACGAACGUGCAGGAUUUGAAGUUGGCAUCCCUGGAUGUAGCUAUUGUGUGGGAAUGUCGGCCGACCAGGCCGCGCCGGGGGAAGUGUGGCUUUCUUCCCAAAACCGGAACUUUGAAAACAGAAUGGGAAGAGGAUCAAUCGGACAUCUCGCAUCUGCGGCUACAGUUGCCGCAUCAUCUUUCGCGAUGGAGCUGACCGACCCAAAUGAGCUUAUUGAAGCAAUUGACGUCGGCAAAUGGAACGAGCUACGAGGAAUGGCUUCGGUCCCACGAUCCCGAGCCUUUCCAGUCAUUUCCCGAGGAGGAAGGCUCGCUUGA